AUGGCGCGAAGCUAUCCAGCCGACACACGCUCACAAAAGGCCCUCGAGGAGAUUUAUGAAAAGGAGAGUCUGGCUGCACUCAAAUUCUUCUUAUCCCACCGAACAUCCGAAAAGGCAGUGGAUAAGAAAACCCGGUUUCCACAUAAUCAGACACUUUGUUUGCCGAAACGUGAACCGCUAACCGCAGUUAGUGAAUCUGAAACAAGAACCGUCAAUGAGGAACCGAUCGCCACUCAAAACGUCAGCACCACUACUAGCAGUCUUUCGUUUAUGCGCCCCGUUAGUCCAGCUUCUCAAGAGAUAUUACAUGGGGAACAAGGUCAGACAUACGUGCAGAUGUUAAAGGCUGAAAAACCAGCAGUCAAGGCAUUUGCUUUGUCUUCCAGAAAAGCCUACUUGAAAGUGCGAUCAAGUCGGAUUCCUGAAGAAAGGUAUGAAAUACCAGUCAUUUCAUCAAUGGAAUAUGGAUGGAAGCUGUUUGAAAUUCUUCCCAAGAACCAGAUCACCCAUCCACAAUUUGGACGAAGCAGUGUCAUUAGAGACCACUUUUACAGUGGCGGAAGGCUUUCUUUAAAAAUGGGGGAAGACUGCCUGUAA